GAAGUGCGACACUGGCUUAUUCGGCUCGUCAACACCAUGCGACGGAGACCUAUUAUCGCUGUCCUUGCUGUGAUUCAAGGCCUAGGUGCUUGGGUCAUAUAUUUGCGGAUGACAGGUGGAACUUUAAAACGACCGGACCUUUCAUCAAGCAGUAAUGUUGAGGCACUGAGAGACCUCAAAUCACCUCUGACGCAAAGCCCACUGAUGAAGGCUCACCUUGAACGAAGAUUUGCUCAUAGGAGAAAUAUGUUGAAAGAGGCUUGCGACCAUUUCGGGAAUAAACAAUUCCCAAGAAAUGUCAACAAACACCUGACGUACGAUCACAAAUCUAGCCAGCCAACUUAUUCCAUGUGUAUGAUACCAAAGGUUGGCAGUACCUUCUGGAGACAAGUUUAUACUGCAUAUAGGAAAACCGCUGACAAGUCAAAACCCAAGGGAGCGUAUGAUAUUUCCAUUGAAUAUGAUCGCGGCUCGCUCAGACUAUCUAACACAAUGUUGACAUUUGUUAGAGAACCGUGCCUGAGAUUGUUUUCGGGAUAUGUUGAUAAAAUAUUCUAUAUCAAUCCUUCGUUCUGGAAUACCUUAGGAAGGUCUGUCGUUCGAUUUAACGCUUCCCAUACUAAAAGAUCACGUGGCGGUCACGAAAUAACAUUUGCCGAGUUGGUGGAUUACGUGCUUUACUGCCAUGAAAACAAAAAGCACAUUGACAGCCAUUUUAAACCAAUGAGUGAACACUGUGGGUUUUGUGAGAUUGAUUAUACGUACAUUGGGAAGAUGGAGACGUUUCGAGAUGACGUGGUCUAUAUGAGUGACAUCAUGGGUUUGCUCAACUUUACGACUGUCGGGGAGAAUAUACUAAAGUAUUGCUUCCACGGUAAGUCGGAAACGAUUUACAGACUCGGUCAUCUUGUGUUUUAUCACACUCGGAGGGCCAUGGAAAGAUCCGGUGUGUCACUUAUUGAAGGACUCCGGAGAACCUGGAAAACAUGGCAGAUUCGGGGAAUGAUAUCGAUAGAAUUUCCAUUACAAGCAAAUGAUACCAAAAUAACAUUCGAACGUUUCAAUGAAUUAGCACAAAAAGCAUACAAAGCGUCCAAGCCCAGUAUUCUACACGAGGCGAGAGACAGAGCACUGAGACAGGCAUACGGCUCCCUGACCUAUGAUGCUAAGGUCAGAUUGAUGAAGAUGUUUGAACCUGAGUUCAAGAUGUUUGAUUAUAAUCCUAUGCCGGACUUCGUGUUUGGGGAACAUCGGAAUGAAGACAGUAUUGAUCUUUUUUCAUAA